GGAAAAUAGUCUAUCGAAAAGCAAGCGUUUGUCGACUCUGGCAUGAUUUGCUAAAAUAAAGAAACGGGAGAAGGGUCAACAAUAUAAUAAUACUCCGUGAAGAAAAGAAGACAUGUCUGGAUCUGAAGAAAACACUCUUGUGGAGAGAGUGUUUUUACGUAUUGGUUCAGCAGAGACAGAUGACCAGCUUGAGGCUGCGCUCAGUCGGUUCCUUGCACCAGUUCUUCUUAAACUAGACAGCAAGGAAGAGGGUGUACGGAAAAAGGUGAUGGAGUUACUUGUCCAUGUCAACAAGCGGUUGAAGAGUAGGACUAAAGUACAGUUACCUGUAGAUGAAUUGAUAAUACAGUACAAGGAUCCUGGUUCCUCAUCCAUUGUAGCUAAUUUCACGGUUAUCUAUAUCAAAAUGGGGUAUCCAAGACUUGAUCCAAAGGAACAGGCAGAAAGACUACCAGCUUUAAUUGGUUGUUUUGAGGGUCGGUCAACAAGUCAUCAGGAUAACUUCCUGCAGUUAGUAAUGCCAGCAUUAGAAAAAGUAGAGUUUCCACAAAACAUAGAGAAACGCAAGGAAAAGUUCAGCUUUGUCAACAACCCUAGCAUAGUUAAAUUGUUGUUGGACUAUAUGCUAGAUCUGCUUAUUGUUCCAUAUGGGUCACACACCAAGAUAGCUGAUCUUCAGUCGGCUCAGGCUAGACGACCAGCCACCGCUCCAGCAGGGGAAAGCACUCCUCAGCCAACUGCACCACCUGGUUUGUCAGUGUCAGCAUUCCGGCGAGUCAUGGGAGAUAACCCAUACCAGCCAGAACAGCUGGAGAAGGUGAAGCUGUGUAUAAUUAGGUUUCUCGGUGCAGACAUGUUCACAGAAGCUGACGUGGUAUGCCACUAUAUUAUAGGAGCUGCGGAUACAAGACAUAGUGUUGCUACAGCUGCAGAUAUGGAACUGAAAAAAAUUAUAGCAUCUGUAGAUUUCAACAGUCCUGCCAUCUUGAAUAAGCUGUUUGGAAUCAUCCUGGGGACAAUAGAAGUAAAAGGACAGCCUGCUACUCGGCCUGACAUGAAGAGAGUUCCAGCAUGCACAAGAAUUAGGAUGAAGAUUUUACCUUACAUAUUGAAAGCUCGAGAAUCGGCUAAUUUCUUCCCUUUCAAUAUUCAGCUGAUAUUUGAUUGCUUGUAUGGACAGAACACAAACACAAAGCUCAAGGUGUAUGCCAUACAGUUGAUUCACCAUAUGUGUCUAUACUGCAGUUCCACUGAUAUCAAGUUUAUAGCUGUAAGUGCAGUGUUACAAACCAAGUUGAUCAAUCUUGUCAAAGAAGGAAAAGAGGAUGCAAAAGUUUUAAGUCUGGGCUAUGUAGCAAUAGGAAAGUUGGUGAAUAAAUUCCCACAACUUGUAGCCUCAAAUAUCGCUCUUGUACAAGUCUUCUUCCAUGUCAUGUGCCAGGUGGACUCGGAGAUGCGACUGGCUGUACAGGAGGCAUUGUCUUUAAUGGCGGAUGCAUUCAAGGACUUGGAUGAAUCAAACAUGAAAAUCAUGGAGGCAUUACUUAUGGAAGCCAUUGACAAGGAAGAACCACAAGCUAGGAUGAUGGCGGUACAAUAUUCAGAGAGAAUAUUUCAGCAGGAUCAUGUACCUUCUAGAUAUAUCCUCUUAUUAGCUGCUGGUGAUCAGAAAGAAGACAUUCGCAUCGAAGCAUUGAAAGGCUUGCACCCACAACCAGUUGUAGAUAAAUCCAACACAAAACCUGUAGAAACUGUACUCCCAAACUUCACAACCAUGGUGGAAUAUAUCAAAGAGAAAGCAGAUAUUCGUGUCACAACUCAGAAUAGGUAUGUUGUAGCCAAUAACACACUGCCAUUCAAUCCAGCAGCCUUCAGUGAGAUAUUACUGUAUCUGAGGGCAUGCCUGGCUUACAGUGCCGGGCUCAAGCCAGACAUGGAUGGCAUAGCAGCGAUGAAGGACCAGGCACCAAAAAUUUCAAAAUAUGUAAAGACACUGCUAGCUGGGAGCAGAUUGGAUACCAGUCCAGUAAAAACCUAUGUAGACCUUGUACAACUUCUUCUCAAAGCUGUUGGAGGUGCAACACCUAUGUAUUGUUUACUUGAGAUGGUUGCCUUGGCAGCAGAUCAUCUUGUACCAAAAUUUGUAGAGCAACUUCCUUGGUUAAAGACAUUUGUGUUUUCCAUGAAAGAUGACAUUCGAGAUCUUGCUGCCAACUUGUAUGCUUUUGUUGUAUGCAAACAGACAGAUGAGGACAGAAUUCUUGAAGCUUUGGACACAUUUCAUACUUCUCUCACAGAUAAGAGUGUAGAAAUUCAACAUGGUGCUUUGUUGGCCCUUGGAUAUUUGAUUGGUCAGUUAUUGAGAAGCAGACGCAAUCAAGAAAGUCAAGGGAGCUCACUGUGGCAGAAAAUGGAAAAGCGGAUAGAGGUUGCUGUUCUUUCAAUUGCACGACUUGUUAAAGUAUCGGAGGAGACUAACCCACUGCUGUCUGGAGGAGCGUGUCAAGCUGUUGGUGAAAUAGGACGUAACGCUGCCCUACCACUGCCCACUGGUGAUGAUGGGAACAGUGAUGGAGAGAUAACAAAACUUUCCACUGUGAAAAAUCUUAUUUCUAUCAUCAAGUCUGGUAAAGAAACUUCAAAGAGUAAGGAGAGAGCAGCACUGUGUCUAGGUCAGUUGUGUGUCGGAGAAGGAAAGUUCCCACAUAGAAAAGUUGCCAUAGAGGGGCUUCUGGAUUCUGUCCAGAGUAAACAAAUAGACCUUCAUUUUACUAUUGGAGAGGCCCUGGUAUAUGCUGCACAGGGACCCACAUCUCCUGCAGCUCGUGACCUUUGGACUGAGACAGAAGAAGAGUUCAAGGCCUCUGUGAGUAGUGUAGAAGAUGAGAUGGAGUGGUACCUUACUACAGUGCUCACACAGUAUGUUCAGAGUUCAAACCCCCACGUGCGCCAGGCUUCGAGCAUCUGGCUUCUGGCACUGGUCAAAAAAUGUGGUUCACAUCCAGCAAUACAGGCCAGAUUGACAAGUCUUCAGUCAGCUUUCAUGCAACUUCUCUCAGAAAUUGAUGAGUUAACUCAGGACAUAUCAUCGAAAGGUUUAGGCCUGGUGUAUGAAAUAUGUUCUACAGAACAGAAGGACGUGUUGGUGUCCAAACUCGUUGAAACACUCAUGACUGGUAAGAGGCAGCAGCCAAAAGUUUCAGGUGACACCCAGGUGUUUGAGGAAGGAAGCCUUGGAAAGACACCAGAUGGGGGAGGAUUGUCAACUUAUAAAGAACUGUGUUCUAUAGCCAAUGAGCUUAACCAACCAGAUCUCAUCUACAAGUUCAUGCAUCUAGCCAAUCAUCAUGCUAUGUGGAACUCGAGAAAGGGAGCAGCAUUUGGAUUCAGUACUAUAGCAGCACAGGCUGGGGAGCAGCUGGCCCCGUAUUUGCCCCAAAUUGUCCCCAGAUUGUACAGAUACCAGUUUGACCCCAAUCCCAAGAUACAACAGGCUAUGAGUAGUAUUUGGAAUGCCCUGGUGCAGGAUAACAAAAACACAGUAGAUAAAUACAUGAAAGAAAUCUUAAAUGAUUUAUUGUCAAACCUAACAAACAACCAGUGGAGAAUCAGAGAGUCAAGCUGCCUAGCUGUGAAUGAUUUGUUACGUGGCCGUCCACUAGAUGACGUAGUUGAAAGUUUGCCCGAGCUGUGGGAAUCAUGUCUGCGUGUUCUUGAUGAUAUAAAGGAGAGCGUGAGAAAAGCAGCUGAUCUGGCGUGUAAAACUCUCAGCAGGGCUUCAAUUAAAAUCUGUGAUGUAAGUUAUGGUAAAGUUGGAGAGAGAGCUACUACUCUGGUGUUACCUUGUCUACUCAAGUGUGGAUUACAGAGCCCUGUAUCAGAGGUCAGGGCCAUAGGGUUGUCAACUAUAUUGAAGAUCAGUAAGAAUGCAGGCAUAUUGCUGAAGCCACACAUUCCAAUCCUGGUCACGGCCUUGCUGGAGGCUAUCAGUGGGCUUGAACCACAGGUGAUGAAUUACCUUAGUCUACAAGUUGCCAGCAACCAGGAAAUACAAAAUAAGUUAGACAGUGCUAGAAUUGCUGCAUCCAAGAUGUCUCCAAUGAUGGAAACUGUAAAUCUGUGUGUACAGUACAUAGAUGAUACUGUGUUACCAGAACUGAUUCCACGGUUUACUGAGUUGGUCAGGAGUGGAUUAGGGGUUGGAACUAAGGCAGCUUGUGCAAACUUUGUUGUGUCUCUUGUACGACAGUGUCCACAAGAACUUGGCCCACAUGCAGGUAAACUGAUGGCAGCAUUUCUACAUGGUGUUGCAGACAGAAACAUGUCAGUAAGAAAAUCUUAUGCAAUGGCACUUGGACAUCUUGUCAGAAUUGGGAAAGACUCCAGUGUGGAAAAGCUUAUUACAAGGAUGAGAUCCUGGUAUCUCGAAAAAGAAGGUCUGUUAUAUAGAAGACCAAACAUUUAUUUAUUAAACAGAUCUGAAACUUUUAUAAGAAUACCUAAAAUACUUCAUUUUCUCAAGCUUACACUAAUAUUGUCUUUUUUACAGGAAGCUCUAUUACAUGCUAUACAGAUGGUCUGCAAGUCCUGCAGUGCCGGUAUAAAAGCAGAGCAAGAAGACUUUGUGACACAGAUAAUUGAUGUAUUACUGAGAGAGAGCAAGAAGGAGAAUAUAACCUACAAGUUGGAAGCGUUGUCAUGUUUCGGGGAAGUGUUGGAGGUGUUUUCUGUGGACAGAUUUGUCGACGUCUAUAACAUCAUGUCUCCUGUCCUAGAUAAGGAGGAGAGAAUGGAGGUAGAUGGAGAAAAAGAAGAAAUGAGUACAGAGGUGAAACAGAAACAGCUGGUCUGUUACUUCACUGUUCUAGGUCAGGCCUGGCCUGAGGCUCAAAACACGCAAGAUGAGUUCCAGGAUAGAUAUGGUUGUAUGAUGUGUAAAUCUUUGCAGAGCAACACUUGGAGAAUACAGGAGGCUAUACUGAAAUCCAUGCAUAAAUACCUUACCAGGUUGUGUUGCCUGAAAGAUAUAGCACUGCUAGAGAAGAAACAGGAUUCUGUGAAAUUACUGCUUGAAAAUCUCCUGACAUCUUUAUCACCAUGUCUUGGCAAUCUCAAAUACACUGUGAUACGUUCCGAGGCCCUAGUCAUCGUGGAGGACAUAGUGCCAAAACUGCAAGAAUCAGGAAAGUUGCCAAUCUUAUCACAGGAGGUAAUGGAAAAGCUUCAGUCAGACAUGUCAUCAUUGACGUCCGACUCCAGUCCCGAGUUACAGGACAGAUCAGCAAAACUUCUCAAAAUCUUAGCGGGAUAAAAUCUGAAUAUCACCCUAUCAGAAAACUGUGGAAAUACUUUAAUAUGUUACAUUUGAAGCAUGACAUUGUGUGGCCCAACGUGAAAGUGAUUACAGUAUAAAAAGAACCAGUGACUUCAAAGUUUGCAGCAAGACUUAUAGUAUAAAAUUGAACAAUUUUUUAUGCAGCAAAAUUUCAGAUGACAUCUGCUAUAUACAGCUGUUAGAUACAAAGUUACAGUACUAUUACAUUUCAUAAAGAACUGAAUGAAAGAAAACUUAUACACUUCCUCUCCCUACAUGUAUCCCCACAGAUAGAAUGGAAAUUUAGUUCAAACAGACAGUAUCAUAUGUCAUCCAGCAGAACACAAUGUAAAACAGUUAUAUUUCACCCAGUGCUUCUGAUAGCAUGGUACUAUAGUUAGUUAUUACAUACUUGCUCUGACCCCGUGACAUUACUUGCAGUGUGCCACUUGAACAUUACUGUAUACAAAGACAAGGAAAUGCCACAAUGUAGCAGAACUUUGGAAAUCACAUGAAUUUACUAAAUUAUAAAUUUGAAGUAUCCAUAUUGACUGAACUCGCCUUUAUCCUGAAAUUUUCGGUAAAAGUUUGAGCCUUACAAUUUUCUUUUCAUAGAUUUGCAAGUUCAACCAGACUCUUUCUUAACAGUGAUCCUCACUGCCUGCAUAAAAGGCUUCAGAUGUCUAAAAGUCUGUAUAACUUUAUUACAGGAGUGAUGUUUCCACUGAAUAUUAUGACUUUUCAACAGAAAUCAAUAGAAUGAAUGUGCCAAACUAUUUAAGCUGUUAAUCUCAUCACUGCUACACUUGAACUGAUAAUCUACCCAGACUUUGCAUCUAUAAAACUUGAGUUUGGAGACCAGUCUCAGACUGCAGCCUUGCCAUUGGUCAAUUUCAAGAAUGAGUUCAGAAUCAUCCAAUCAGAUGACUGGUUUUAUAGCCUAGAAACCUGGAUUAUUCAUCACUUGACUACUGAUUUUGCUGUUUUGGCUGGAAUUGGAGAUAUCUUCAUUGAAAUUGUUUAUUUAUCCUAAGUUAUAUGUUCUAUAACAUUAUUAUAAUUUUUGUAACAAACAUUAGACUUAUUUACAUUUUUGAAAUAAAUGUAUGAUGACUGCAAAGACUUUUAAGUAGAAGGACAUUUUCAUUGACUUAAAGUGCAUAUACAUGUAGGUAGACAUUUUAACAUUUGUAUUGUCUGUAAAAUGUGACAUUUAUGUUGACAACUUCCCAGAUUCUUUCUUCUCUCAUUUUUCCAGGACAGGAAAACAAAUUACAGCAAUAAAAGUGUAAAUUAUAGUGCAAUGACAUGUCAUGUUUACUUGUUCGUACUUGUGUUAAAAAAUUUAAAUUUUUCAUUUACACAUAGUUAAAUAUGACAUUAAUAUCUUAGAUUUAGAAAUAACAAAAUAAGUGAAAACUGGUCUCAAAUUUAUGUUAAAACCAAAAUUGUUCAUAAUUUUCAAACUGUUUUUAUACUUUAUAGGGACUACAAUUUUUAGUACUUUGCACAAAUAUCACACAUCAAAUGAUAGAAACCAAAGGACACUUUCACAACAUAGAAUAUUUAGUUAAUUUUCAGUCUUACAGAGUAAUGUGAACAAGUGGCUUUAGAUACUUGUAUUUACUGUCUAGAGAGCCUAAUACUUGCAUUUACUGUCUAGUGGUAGUGGGCCUCCUCGAGUGCAGGAGGUUGUGGGCUCGAUUCCUGGUGGCAUCACACCAAAGACGUGAAAAAUGCAGCUUGGUGCUCGGCAUUAAAAAGAAACUGGUUUCUUUUUCUCUUAGCCUUGUGGCGAUGGAUUCCAUCAGGUCAAUAAAGUGUCAAGAGUGAUUUAUAUAGGUUGUAGACCUUGCUUCUAAAUUAGCCUAAAAUAAAUUUAAUAGUAUAAACAUUUGAAAGUGACACUGCAGGUUAUUUACCAAGCCCACCUGCUUAGCUUAUUAGGCAGAUCUUUGGAUAACAGACUUGAGUUUGAUCCUAUAGUGUGGCAUAUGUUCUCCAUAAUGGACUGAUAAAAGACAAAGUGUGUAGAACAUGUUAUUAGUGGUACAUAAUCCAGGAACACUAUUUAGGUUAACUGCCAGCCAUUACAUAAUUUAAAUACUGUUGAAAAACAGCACUAAAUCCAAAUAAAUUAUCAUAAAAUCCCCUGUCAUGUCAGUAUGAUUAUUACACGUUAUUACAUUAAAUGUUUUGAAUUAACCUGUCUAUCAUGUUAUAACAGAACAGAAAAGACAUUUUAUUUUUAGACUUACCAUGGUUGUGUAAUCCAUGUUGAAAUGUAAUUUAUUAUACUCUGUGGUCUAGUGGUUAAGGCAUCUGCCCAAAGAACAAAAGUCAAUGGUUUGAAUUCUAGAUGGAGCAGUUUUGACACUGCUGGUUGGUGAGCUGCCAGAUAUUUAAAAGAAUAACUAAACAGCCAGAUUCCUUUUAAAGUGUACAAGGCAAUGAUGUCACAUACCUCAAAAUGGCUGGCCCUUUCAAAGCUGUAGACUUUGAAGUCCUUGGCUGUGAGAGGUUUUAACACAAUAAUAACCUAGUUUACAAGUUGUUAUUUUUCAGUUACAAAUUCUCACAUCAAGUUUGUGAGUUUGUUGAGUUUACUGUAUAUGUUUUUUGUAACCUAUGAAAAUCACAUAAAAUCUAUGGCAUGGUUUUACAUAUAUGAAAUCUAUAAAAUUCAAAAUAAAGUACAAAAAAUAAUAUCUCAAACUGUUGCCCACCCAAGAGUUAAUAUUUGCAAGAGAAUAUUUUUGUCAUUUGACAUGGAGAGAAAUUUUCAGUGUCUGAAUCUGGUAAAUGAUUUAUGAGUUUUAUUAUCUUCUUUGAAAUAAUUACUCUUAUCUGUGCAAACUUCAUUUUCUUAUUUUCCCCUAUUCUAUAUAAUGUUUUUGAGGUAUAUUUAAUAUGCAAAUUUUCUCUGAACGUCAAUAAUGCAUGGAGAAAGAUCAAGAAUAAGGUAUAUGAUUUGUAAAUUAUACAGUUUAUAAUAAGGUAUGGGUAGAACACCUUAUUUGUUUUUUUAACCAGAAUUUGUAGUUCUGCUUCACUAAGUUUAAUGAAAAUAUCAGGGUCUAUGUUAAGAUUGCAAAGUUGUUGAAUGUGAUUUCUGAUGUUUUUCUGUUGAUUAUGGUGAUAGAGAUAUUUAAUUAUCCUUUCAUAUUCCUAGAAUUUACUAUAUUAUAAUUGACAAACAUUGUACCAUGAUGACAGAAAUAUACCAAUGAGAAGAA